UUAAGUGCAGAAAUGCCUCGCGAGUUUGACAUUGAAACCGACGUUGCGACGGUACUCCAAACGUAUGCAAACGUCAAGAGAGUUUACGUUCUACUUAUAUCUGCUGCAUCCUUCGUAUAAACUCGCGUAAUAUGAUUCUAGUCGUGUGAUAUUAAACAAGCAGUGGGUGGGCGAGCGUGUAAAGUAGAUAAUGAAAGUGCUCCUUCAAAAUACUAUUGUAAAUUAAUGCUAUUACACUAUAAACAAAAAGACCAUUAUUGCUCGCUUGUGUACAGAGUUGAUUACUAAAUUCUCGGUCACGGUCUUGGCCAGGAACACGUUUAACCGAAGCAAAUGACGGUCAGUAACCUGGACCGUGUAAAUCAUUGACCUUCGGAUAUGUUGAUGUUGAAUUGACACUCGAAAUUUGAUAAUUAGCUGUUUAUAUUUAAGCGUACUCUUAUGUGAAUACGUAAUCAGUAAAAUACCGAAAAAAUUAUUAGGAUUAAUAGUCAUACCAUUUUAAAGUAAAGAUUAUACUCUAUGACGAAACCAAUUUAAUGGAGAAGUUCAUCAGAUUGCUCGAUGCUUCUUGAACCAUUUGCGCAUAGUUUGAAAAUUUCCCGUGUUACGUGACCGAGGGUGAAGCUCAACUAUUCUGUUUUUAUGAGCGCAUCAUUAUUAUGAUUGUGUACGGAACUGACGUUUGAUCAUGACUUCUUGUAGACAAGCUUUCUCGUUUUGGCACCUGUCUAUGGUUGUCAGGUUUAUCUUGGCAACGAAACACUUUGUUGCUCAGUCAAUGAAUAUUUGGGUAGGGCUGCGAGACGCUUUUCGAUGUAAACACGAAUUACGUAUCUUGGAUGGAUUUAGACAUUUCUUCGAUGUCAUGGAAGUGGUAACAGGUAAACACAAGUCUGUCAGGUCCGUUAUUCAGCGAAUACCUGAGAAUCUUGUUCAUCAACAUCCGCUUUUGAAUUUAAAGGUAGCAGACGGUACCCGAAGUUGCACGAAGAUACACGAAGGAUAGAUCGGCCCAUGACAUUCGAUUGGCUGACAGCCAAUCAGCGCUGUGUUUUUAUGAAUAGCAGAAGAGGCUGCGACCCACCCCGUGUUCGAAUGCUCCGCUCGAGCGGUUAAAUCGACGCAAAGCCAACCGGCAUUUUCUCAUAAAGGAUAGAAACGACAGAAGAAUUAAAGAUGCGAAUAAAAAAAAUACACCAAGGAAGCUUAUUAAAAUGACAUAAUAAAAGCAGAUAUCCAAACAAAGUAUUCAUUAACACAGCUAAACCCAACCAGUACCAAUCAAAGUAUAACAGGACAGGAAACAGUAGAGAAAGAUGUACGAUUAUUAUUAUCGACUUACUGUCUGUGGAGAAAGCA